AUGCCAUACCUUAUGCCGGCUGUCACGCCCCGAGCAAGAGGCACUCAAAUCAGUGAUAAAAUCAGAACUGGAUCAGAGCGGAUGGAAGGAAUUUACGUACCGGAAGAAAUCUUGAGAAAGAUCCUGCUGAAACUUCCCUUCAAAUCAUUGGUGGCAUCCAGCUGUGUCUCCAAAACAUGGCGUGCUUUGAUUCUAAACCUAAUUCUGAACGAAGAUCUCUUUAACAACAAAAGCAACAAUAAAAACAGUAUGGUCUUCCUAAUGCGACAGUUCGGUGGCUUCAAUUACGGAUCCGGGAAGAGAUUUGAUAAACUGCUACCGACCCAAGAUUCCGAUUGCGACCAGGGGAAAUAUUCAAGAGGUGCAGAUGUUGCAUAUUUUUUCGGCGAUUUUGGUGCUGAUGGAAGACGGUUGUUGGAAGAAACAUUGAGGGGCAGUCUUGCUCCAGCUGGAGGAGUAUUUCUGAAUGGUUCUUGCUAUUGGUUAGGUCUGGAAACAAGCUUGAUUCUUGCAUUUGAUUUCCGCACUAAAUCCUUUGGCCUGAUAAAAUGUCCAAAUGCGAGAAUAGGGUUUGUAAGUCCAACUUCUACUCUAUCCGUCUCGGGUAAUUCCCUUGCAUUGAUCACCCAAGGUAUGCGUGGAUUGUUCGAAAUCUGGGUGAUGAUAGUGCAACAGGAUGAAGAUGGAAACGAUUCUUUCUACUGGUUUAAGAGAAAAUCUGUAAGGUGCCCUCUGUAUUUUCCGACCAUAUUGACUUGUUGGAACGAUAAUUGGUUACUGUUAAGGUCUCGUUGUGGUACACGUAUUACUUCUUGCUUCCUCGGAGAUGGAAAUGACUCUACUUCUUACGAGGAUUGGGGGGUUUGA